AAGAGCGCAGCAAACGGUUCCCGGGGUACCCAGCAGACAAAGCAAAGCUGAAAUGCCCAAACGCAAAACCCUUUUUAAAGGACCAGACAAAACACCUGAACCCACCCUUAGGAGCAGUUUCUAACCUAGAGCAUGCUGACAGGAACAAGAGGGACGUCCUCAGCACCGCGGCGAAGGGCGUGCAGAGGGACUUCAAGCUCGGUGCCAAACCCUCGUCGCGCGCUGGCCACGCUGCUCAGCAAACGUCUUCAAACACAGCCCGGAGAGCAGCAGUGGCGCGGCCAGAGCAGCCGAGGGGGAGCGCAAAGCCUCCCGUGGGACUUGCACCAGGCACGACCCAUGCUACGCAGCCCAGAGGGAGGCUCCCAGCUUCAACCUCUGGACACCCAAAUCCAGAAAGGAACAAGAAGGCUGCGCAGGGGACUGUCACCACUGCGGGGCCUCGGGCUGCUCCUGGGGCACCUCGCUCCCGAAAUGACGGCCUGCAGGACAGGCUGGUCAGCAACAAAGAAAACAUCCGAGCGCAAAGCUCUGCGCGCCCUGGGCUGAACAGAGCUGCUCAGCCUGACAGGAGCAAGGGAGUCUUGGCUCAUGGGCACAGCUCAGCCACGACGUCAAGAGCUGUCAUGGGCCCAAAGGACAGAGUUAAUAACCACCAGGCUAAGAAAGAGCCAAUUCAGGACAAAAUCAGAAAAGCUCUGCCAGGCUUAAAGAGCACAUCCCAAAAACCAGCUGUCAAAACUCAGCCAUUGCAGCCCCCUCGGUUACUCACCGGUUCUACUCACUCGCUACAUAAAAAACCAGGGCCAAACCAGGAGGAGACUGGUACAGCAAGGGAGCCUGUGGGAAAGCCACUUGGGAUACGUCCAGCAGGAAGCAUUCAGCAGCACAGCAGACCCUCCCAAAUGGAAAGGCCUCCCACGAAGCCUCCAGGCUCCAGCAGGCCCCCGGGGACCUCAAACCUGAAACCCAGCCUGAAACCAGGUGGCACCGCACAGUGGCAAAGGCCCAUGGCCAAAGGGCAGGCGGACAGGAGGGACGGGAAGGGGGCGCCUCCGGGAUGCGCAGCAGCGCCCCGAGUGACAGUGCCCCCAGACCGGCCUCGCAGCACGCACAGCUCCAGAACUCCAGCAAUUGAGAGCAAUUUGAGGAGUAGGGGAGAUAGACUGAAAUCGGAGGUGCCAAAGGCAAGUCGAGUAAUGGCCAGGUGUGUUCCCAAGCACCCAUCGCCUGCGGAUCGUAAGAAGCAGCUGGAGGAGUGGUUGGCGUCCAAGGGCAAGACGUACAAGCGACCCCCUAUGACCCUGCUUCAGAAGCAGGCGGUGAAGCUGUCCUGGAGGAGCGUCAAGGAGAAAGAGAAGCAAGAGAAACCGGAGCAGCAAGAGGAACCAGAGCAGCUCUGCCUGGAGAAGAUCAACAGCGUGCUAACAGAGUGCCUGACGCUUGCUGAGGAGGGUGUCUCAGCGGAGGAGCUCUCUGCGCUGCUGUCCCAGGUGCCCCACGCAGAGAAAUUUGCCAAGUUCUGGAUCUGCAAAGCAAAGCUGCUGGCCCGGAGCGGCCCUUUCGACGUCACGGGGCUGUACAGAGCUGCAGUCUGCGCUGGUGCUGUGCCGCUGCAGGAGCUCAGAGAAGUCGUCCUUGAUAUUUUGAAGGCUGCAGACCAAACAUCAGAAGCCCUGCCCAGCCUGCCCCCCUCCAUCAAGUUGCAGGUGACCUCUGCGUCCAGAGGGAAGGAGCCACUGGAAGGCCCGGAGCUGAAAUUCGUGACGCCGGUGCGGCGCUCACUGCGGGUUGAGCGAGCUGGGAGCCGCUACCCCGAGAUGCUGAAGGACCACGACCCCGUGGUGUCAUCCCUCAGCGAGAUCCUGGAUGCUGAGGAGGACACACAGUUCCUCUUCCGGAAAAACGAGGCUUUGCCGGAGGUGGUGGAGCUGGAGGGCGUCAGUCUGUGUCCCCCCGAGCGCUGCUGA